GGUCAAUAACAAAAGUGCUGAUAUUCACCACUCAAAGGGUAAAGGAGUAUCAGAAGAUUGUGUCGGCAGGUCUGCAACAUCACAACACAUGAUGGAAAAGAACCGGAAAUUCAAAUCAAAAGCCUUGUAGAUUACAUUGGUAGCCUUGUGGAUUUCUCGGCUUGUGUCGCUAUAUUGAUAAGCUUUAAAUGUGGUCGUAUGGUUAAUUUUUUGGGUAUUUAAGUUCUGGCAUUAAGCGGAAGAUCUUCAGUGCUUUGUGCGAAUAAAAAUGAAAAUUAUAUUUUUGGGGCUGCUCAUCGCAAUCCUUGUUGUGUACGGCCAUGGAGAUGUGGGUGUCCUUAACGAAGCAACCAAUAUGCCGACUAUGAAACUCCUUAUAAAGGGAUUGGAGAGCUGUAUGCAAAAUGCGAUAUAUGUAAUGUCUGGAAAUUAUACCAAUGAAAAGGAAGAUAAUGAGAGGAAAGCUAAAGAAAUAGAACUAUAUCGGAAUGAUAUUGACAGAACUAAUAAAUCAUUAUCGACUAUAAAAACUCAUAUGACACAUCCCAUUUUCUCAACUGAGGAGAGGAGUCUUUUGCAAAGAUUUCACGAUAUUGCAACAGAAUUAUUCCGAAAUGCAACGAAGUGGACCGAAAAACGUAUAGAGGAAUUAAACGAGGAAAUCAGACGAUCGCGUGAGGCAUUUGAACAGAGGAAUAUAUUGCUUGCCCAAUAUGCGAAUUCAACACGUCAAUUGAUCGAUAGCUACCCGCAGUAUGCCUAAAAAUUGCCGGAUUUUUGUGUGCUCAGCUUAUUAUUGCAACAUAUACUUCUGGGCGAGAAUUUAAAUAAAUAAAACAUUUCUUAGUGUUUUGAAUGUUCUUUAA